AAAAAAAAAAAAAAAAAAAAAAAAAAAAAUACAAAAUUCUUUUGGGAGACAGCUCUGGAGCUGAGGACCAAUAAUCCAAUCAUAAGGAAAGAAUCGAUGAAUGGAGCUCGAAAUAGUCAAUUCGAUGAAAGCUUUCAUUAACUUGGAGAGCUUUUUUUACAUCGGCUACAGACAACCUUUUUUUCGGCACUGGCUAAAAAAAUACGCUCAAACACUCACAACUGCUGACGAACACCACGAUGACGCUGCCGUCGAUGUGAAGAAGAAGAGAACGUUCCGCAAGUUCUCUUACCGCGGUAUUGACCUCGAUAAGCUCUUGGACCUGUCCUCUGAGCAGUUGAUGGAUUUGGUGAACGCCCGCCCUCGCAGACGUUUCCAACGCGGUCUUAAGCGCAAGCCCAUGGGUUUGAUCAAGAAGCUCCGUCAGGCCAAGAAGGAUGCUCCAGCCUUGGAGAAGCCCGCUGUGGUCAAGACUCAUCUUCGUAACAUGAUUGUUGUCCCUGAGAUGAUUGGCUCCAUUGUGGGUGUCUACAACGGAAAGACUUUCAACCAGAUUGAAAUCAAGCCUGAGAUGAUCGGUCACUACUUGGGAGAGUUCUCCAUCACCUACAAGCCCGUCAAGCACGGUCGUCCCGGUAUUGGUGCUACUCACUCAUCUCGCUUCAUCCCUCUCAAGUAAAAAAAAAAAAAAAGACAGAUUUUUUUACUUGUUUUAUUUCAAUACAUGACAUUUUUUUUGAGAAAAAAACGACAUUACCGUUGAGGUGGAUUUUGUUUCUUUUUGAGUGAUACAGCCAAGUGUUCACUACAGAAAUAAACACUUUUCCUUAUGCUCCCAGAAGAGACACAGCAAGGUCGGCACAAUAGGCUCCAAGCUUGUAUGGACACUUUUUUUUUUUUGUUUACACAAGUCCUAUUGAGUUUGUUAGAUACAUGAUAGCGGCC